AUGGCGACCGUUACAGAGGCUGUCAAAGAAUCCCUCCUGGGUUCCACAGCCUCUCCAAACCUUUCCUCCGAGUCGAAAGCCACCUUCCUAAAGUACGCUCACCAGGAUGCUGAUGGCGAGCUGUACAUGAGCGAGGAAGACUUCAUCAAUGCCGUCGCUCCUCCAGAAGAAGACUAUCACAAGAUCAAGAGAGAACAGUAUGGGAUUCUCUAUGGUGUCGCCGACCGACAUAAGCGUGGGAAGAUCUCCAUGUCCGAGUGGGCUUCCUUCGACAACCUCCUUGCGAAGUCCGACGCCGAAUACGAGAUCGCAUUCAGGCUCUUCGACACAGAUGGAACUGGUUCCAUCAAAUCAGAUACCUUUCAAAAGAUAUACGAGCAGAACCGCGGUCAAGACAGUAUCCCGUUCGACUUCAACUCCGAGUGGGCCUCUCUGUACAUUGGUGGCAAGCAAAGAAGACAUGAGAUGACAUACCCACAAUUCGCCCAGAUGAUGCGUGGCCUUCAGGGUGAACGAAUACGACAGGCAUUCCAUCUGUAUGAUAAGGACAAAGACGGUUAUAUUGACCCUGAAGAUUUUGAGCGCAUCAUCCGAGCCACUUCAGGGCAUAAGUUGUCGGACCAUCUCCUCGAGAACCUACCUACACUUUGCAACAUCUCAACCGGAACAAAAAUCUCAUAUGCUAAUGUCCGGGCCUUUCAGAACGUAAUCCGUGAGAUGGAUCUGCUUGACCUGAUAAUCAGAAAUGCCACUGCAAAAUCAGCAGAUGGUAGGAUCGACAGAACAGAUUUUCUGAACGAGGCUGCCAGACUCACCCGAUUUUCCCUGUAUACUCCCAUGGAAGCUGAUAUUCUGUUUCACUUCGCCGGUUUGGACACUCCCUCAGGCCGUUUGGCUCUCGAUGACUUCGCCAAAGUGUUGGACGCAAGUUGGCAAACUGCCGGCGCCAAGCUUGGUGCAAUGACUGAUGUGGCAGAUCGAGCUGUGUCCAAGUCUCGGCAAUUCUUCUUGGGUCUGCUCGAAUCAGCCCAUCAUUUCGGCCUGGGAAGUAUUGCUGGCGCAUUUGGUGCAUUUAUGGUGUACCCCAUUGAUCUUGUGAAGACGCGAUUGCAGAAUCAGAGAAGUGUCAGACCAGGUGAAAGACUCUAUGAAAACUCACUCGACUGUGCGCGCAAAGUCAUCAGAAAUGAAGGCUUCCGUGGCUUGUAUUCCGGCGUGCUUCCACAAUUGGUUGGUGUGGCACCAGAGAAGGCUAUCAAACUCACUGUGAAUGACCUUGUGCGCGGACGAUUUACCGACAAACAAACGGGUUUGAUUCCUUUGAAGUUUGAAGUCCUUGCAGGCGCGACUGCUGGUGGUUGUCAAGUGGUUUUCACCAAUCCCCUAGAAAUCGUCAAGAUUCGCCUGCAAGUACAAGGAGAACUGGCGAAGAAAGCCGACGUCCCCAAACGUAGUGCGAUGUGGAUUGUUCGAAAUCUGGGUAUCCUAGGUCUCUACAAAGGUCUCAGCGCUUGUCUGUUGCGUGACGUGCCCUUUUCUGCCAUUUACUUCCCCACCUACAGCCAUUUGAAGAAAGACUUCUUCGGCGAAUCGCAGACCAAGAAGCUCGGUGUCCUCCAACUUCUCACUGCUGGCGCCAUCGCUGGUAUGCCUGCGGCUUACCUUACAACUCCAUGCGAUGUGAUCAAGACCAGACUACAAGUCGAAGCCCGCAAAGGCGACGCCACAUACAAUGGUUUAGUGGAUUGCGCACGAAAGGUCUACCGUGACGAAGGAUUCAAAGCCUUCUUUAAGGGCGGCCCCGCACGUAUACUACGAAGCUCUCCACAGUUCGGCUUCACACUCGCGGCCUAUGAGGUCCUCAGCACAUUACUUCCCUUCCCUGGUUCCGAAGAGGCUGAGUCGCAGAAAUCCACCGCUGGAAAGAUGGAGCCUGGUGUCGGUCUUAGAGAGGCUAAAGCACCUUUACCCUAUCUUCGGAGCAGAAACGCGCUCAAGAUUCUCCUGGACUUGGACAAUAACUUCGGCCGUGUCAGGAUCCCUGAUGCUGCGAGUUCGUGGAAGAGUCUGCCUGGGUUUGGAAACACCAAGGCCUAG